AAUCUCGGCUGUUUCAUGCGUUGUGCGCAUGCGUGACUUUUCAUUCUUGGGGUCCAGAUUCAUUAAGGGUGGGGGCGCAUCCUGCGUCGCCGCCAUAUUGGAUGGGUCUCCUCUCUCGCUCUCAAAAAAAAAAAAAAAGAUCCAAACGGAGUAAAAACACAAAACGAGCAGCUAUGCCUGUAUUUUGUUCAGGCUACGGUUGCAAUAACCGGCGCAGUAUUGAAACUAGAUCACGUGGGAUUACCUUUCACAAGUUUCCCAGUAACACAGAAUUAAGGAGGCAAUGGGAAGUUGCAAUAAGAAGGGAAGGUUUUGUUGCUACAGAGGCGUCCAAGCUCUGUAGUGAACAUUUCAAGCCAGAGGACUUUGACCGAACAGGUCAGAUUGUCAGGCUUAGAGAGGGUGUGAGCCCAUCAGUCUUCAACUUUACAUCUCAUCUCCAAAGAUCUGUAGCAACGAGGAACACAAGAACUUCAAGGACAGCUGAAGAGAACCUUCCAGUGGAGCUUUUUCAGCAGGUCCCUGAAAGUGAACCUGAGCUCAGUGAUGACCACUCCUAUGCAUUGCCCAGUUCGCCCAGUCGUCUAAAGGCCAGACUCAGCGAAGCUUUGGGCAGAGUGGAGAGUCUAGAGCGGGAGAAGCUGAACGCAAAGGCCCGAGAACAGAGAGCAAAGAAGAUCAUAAUGAGUCUCCUGGAGGAUCUGAGGAGAAAGACCCUUAUAAAUGAGGAGCUGACAGAAAGGCUUGACUUCCACCCAGCCACCAUGAACUCAUCGUAA